AUAUCAUAUUACAAACUUCUUGGUAUUGACCAUUGCAGGUCUGACUUCGUCUAUUCUUCUCCAAAACUUCACAUUCAUUCUGCUGGAGCAUUUGCUGAAAAGAGCUUUCUUUAGAACAUAAGAAGAAUGGAGAAAGUUGUGGUGGCAUUGACAACAUUUUUCCUUAUUGCCGCUCUAAUUCCUUCAGGGAUGACGCAUCCCGACACUGCCCCUGCAUUUCUAUGGUCAUCUCAUCAGGAUAACCCAAUGAGGGAAGCGGUAAAUUAUCAAACACUGUCUCUGAAAGAUUUGGUGAAGUCUGUCUUGUUCGAAGGAGGGUGGUCAAACUUUCUGUGUCCUCAAAUGGAAAGCCAGCAGCCUAUGGAUGUUGCCGUACUUAUUGUUGGGAGAGAGUUGAAAUCUCUGGACAUUUCAAGACCCACCCUUGGGAGUGCUUCCGUUGUCAAUUUGCUCAAGGAUUCUUUUACUAGUGCCAACUUUUCCUUGGCUUUCCCAUAUGUCACUGCUUCAAAUGAGAAACUUUUUAUGGAGAAAUCUCUAGUUUCAGAGAUUACAGAGAGUUGUGGUAGUUCCUCUAGCCCAACCAAAGUUGUUUUCCUUGAUUCAUGUUCUUUGGACGGUCAAAAUUAUGAAAAACUUGCUGACUCUCACUCUUUCAAUGACUAUCUUGUUUCAAGAAGGGAAAAGAGACCAAAUGGACAAGCAGACUUGGUAGUGGCUUGCGAGGGAAUCACCAAUUCUGACCUAGAUCUUAAUCAUCAACAGCAUAAAGGUCAUUUGUUAACAGAGCUUCUCAAUUCUGUGGAUCGGUCAGGAGCAAGAUACACAGUUCUUUAUGUUUCAGACCCAUCUAGGACAAUUUCACAUCCUUUACCUUCACUUGGAAGAUUUCUUGCAGAGGGGACUGGAAAUAUAGCAGGCAAUUCUACAUUCUGUGAUGAAGUUUGUCAGAUCAAAUCCUCACUUCUGUCAGGACUUCUAGUGGCUAUUGUUCUGCUCAUAAUCUUGAUAUCGGGGCUUUGCUGUAUGAUGGGCAUCGACACUCCAACUAGGUUUGAAGCACCUCAAGAAUCUUGAUUCAUUUUUAUGCACAGAGAUGAUCAUUUUUUUCUUCUCUUGAGUGUUGGCUGAUCAUAGCAGCCGGUAUUAUUGGGUUGAUGUCUUGGUAAGGUUACCAGACAAUGAAUAAAAUCGAUGUGCAUUGAUAUAUGCUAGUAGUUUGGAAGUACAAAAUAUGUCAAUUAGAGUUAUGAAAGUUCACUCUGAUUCAUAUGUUAGUUUAUUCAUUUGGGAUUUCCUGCCAAUUACACGUUUGUAAACCAAUAUAAAUUAUUGUGAUUGAGACCUCAAUUAUUUGAUAUUCAAACUUCUCUUGUUUCCAUUUU